CUGGGAUCGUCGAAGCUUUUGUUUCUCCCAAGCAAAGUGCGCGCCAGCUCUCAUUUCAGCUACCCCGCCUCCCACGUCCGACGCAUUUUUGCGCCAUGGCAGCUCCAACAGAGCAGCAGAGCAAUCCCCAGGAUGGCACAGGCGUCAUCAAGCUGGACCCCUGGUUAGCCCCGUUUAGCGACGCGCUGAAGCGGCGAUACUAUAAGGCGCAGCACUGGAUUAAAGUUAUAAACGACAAUGAAGGUGGCUUUGAGAAGUUUUCCAAGGGCACUGAUAUCUACGGCUUCAAUGUGGACGACAAGAACAACAUCAUCUACCGCGAGUGGGCGCCCAACGCGGAGCAGGCGUAUCUCAUUGGUGAUUUCAAUGGCUGGAAUAUGACGUCCCACCCCAUGAAGAAGAAUGAAUAUGGAGUCUUUGAGAUCAUUGUUCCCGCCAAGAACAACCAGAAGGCCAUAACACACAAUUCUAAGAUCAAGAUCUCUCUUGUUCUCAAUGGAGGCCAUCGAAUUGAUCGCUUGCCAGCAUGGAUUAAAUAUGUCACCCAAGAUCUUUCUGUUUCACCAGUCUAUGACGCUCGAUUCUGGAACCCGGAGCCUGCGGAGAAAUAUUCAUUCAAGCACCCACGACCAAAGAAGCCAGAAAGCAUUCGGGUGUAUGAAGCCCACGUCGGAAUUUCUUCUCCGGAGCAGCGUGUCACUACAUACGACGAGUUCACCGACAAAUUGCUUCCCAGAAUUAGAGACCUUGGCUACAAUGCUAUCCAGCUGAUGGCCAUUAUGGAGCAUGCGUACUAUGCUAGUUUCGGAUACCAGGUCAACAGCUUCUUUGCUGCGAGCAGCCGGUAUGGAACCCCUGAAGGUUUGAAAAGGCUUGUCGACACUGCACAUGAAAUGGGAAUUGUUGUGUUGCUGGACGUGGUUCAUAGCCAUGCGUCAAAGAAUGUACUUGAUGGACUCAAUGAAUUCGAUGGAACCGACCACCAGUACUUUCACAGUGGAAGCAAAGGCACCCACGAUCUUUGGGAUAGCAGACUCUUCAACUACGGCCAUCACGAGGUGAUGCGAUUCCUACUGAGCAAUCUCCGAUUCUGGAUGGACGAGUAUCACUUUGAUGGCUUCCGCUUCGAUGGCGUUACCAGCAUGCUCUACCUGCACCAUGGAAUUGGAACUGGAUUUUCUGGCGGAUAUCAUGAGUACUUUGGCCCUGAUGUCGACGAGGAGGCUGUUGUGUACCUGAUGGUUGCCAACGAGAUGCUGCACUCACUCUAUCCCGAGUGUGUAACUGUCGCCGAGGAUGUGUCGGGAAUGCCGGCUCUGUGUCUCCCUCUGUCACUUGGUGGCGUGGGUUUCGACUACCGACUGGCCAUGGCCAUCCCUGAUAUGUGGAUUAAGAUUCUCAAGGAGAAAAAGGAUGAACAGUGGGAUCUUGCCAACAUAUGCUUCACUUUGACUAAUAGACGUCAUGGCGAGAAAACCAUUGCCUAUUGUGAGAGUCACGACCAAGCGCUUGUCGGAGACAAAACAUUGAUGAUGCAUCUAUGCGAUGCGCAAUUAUAUGACAACAUGACCACUCUCAAGCCGUUGACGCCCGUUAUUGACCGUGGAAUGGCGCUGCACAAGAUGAUUCGACUUCUUACGCACGGAUUGGGUGGUGAGGGCUACCUCAACUUUGAAGGUAACGAAUUUGGUCAUCCUGAGUGGCUUGAUUUCCCUCGAGCCGGAAACAACAAUUCAUUCUGGUACGCCCGUCGACAGCUGAAUCUCACGGAGGAUAAUCUGCUUCGAUACAAGUUCCUCAACACAUUUGACAAGUUGAUGAACCACUGUGAAGAGCGUUAUGGCUGGCUCCACGCGCCCCAGGCUUACAUCUCCCUAAAGCAUGAAGGUGACAAGGUCAUUGUGUUUGAGAGAGCGGGACUUGUCUUUAUUUUCAACUUCCAUACCAGCCAGAGCUUCAGCGACUACCGCAUCGGCGUUGAAGUGCCCGGAGAAUACAAGAUUGUCCUGAACAGUGACGCGGAGGAAGUGGGCGGCCACAACAGGCUCGAUGAGAGUACUCGCUUCUUCACAACGCCCAUGGAGUGGAAUGGGCGGAAAAACUGGACUCACGUGUACAUCCCAUGCCGAACUGCUAUUAUAUUGGCUUUGGCUCAGUGAUCUAUGGGUCAGUAUAUUAUGGCUAUGUAGCUGUGAUAUUUCCAAAGUUUUAUCAUAUUGUGCUUUUAAAAAAAAAAAUGUUUCGCUUUAUACUGCUUAUCAUAGCGUAGGCCAUGUGUAUUAUACCAUUGCAUGAUGUAGGAGGGACUGGUGCCAGCAGUUGCUUGUAAACUAGAGUUGUACCGGAAAGAAUGAUUAACCAGCCAAUACUAAUAGGGCAUUCAAUGUGAUUC